AUGGGCUGUCUCAGCAGUCAAGAGCACUUACUAGGUGUUGUAGAGGACCUAUGCAGCUUACAAACACCUUUACCACUAUUGUCCAGGGAUUCUGACAGCCUGCGGAUUCUGGGGGAUUCUGGAAACAUCAAAGCUGGAUUAGAACAUCUGCCACCAGCUGAGCAGGCCAAAGCCAGAUUACAGUUGGUCCUUGAAGCUGCUGCGAAAGCUGAUGAAGCAUUAAAAGCCAAAGAAAGGAAUGAAGAAGAAGCAAAGAGAAGAAAAGAGGAAGACCAAGCUACCCUGGUGGAACAAGUAAAAAGAGUGAAAGAAAUUGAAGCCAUCGAAAGUGAUUCUUUUAUUCAACAGACAUUCAGAUCAAGUAAAGAAGUUAAAAAAUCUGUAGAACCAAGUGAAGUGAAGCAUGUGACUCCAGCAUCAGGACCAACAUCAGUAGCUGCUGACCCACCCAGCAUUGGAAAGGAAAUAGACCCUGACAGCAUCCCCACGGCUAUCAAGUACCAAGAUGACAAUUCUCUAGCUCAUCCAAAUUUAUUUAUUGAAAAAGCUGAAGCUGAAGAAAAGUGGUUCAAGAGAUUAAUUGCCCUCCGUCAAGAAAGAUUAAUGGGCAGUCCUGUGGCCUGAGGAAGAGACUUAUGGUUGAAUUGACAGAAGCCUUGUGAAAAUUGAGGUUUUUAAAUACCAAUAUUAACUUUUACUCAGAAUAAUUUAGCCAAUUACAUAGAAAGAAAAUCUCAUUUCUUCUAUUGUGUUCAACUGAAUAUUUGUUGAUUUGAAUCAAACAUUGUGAAUAGUAAAUCUAUUAUAAAAGGUAUGAGUGCAUGAACAUAUUGUCCUGUUAAUAAAGCUAAUCACAAAAAAUGUCAGGGAUGAAGUAAAUAAACAUUCAGCAGUGUUUAUCAUUGUGGUUCUUACAAA